GCAUUCUUGCCGUCAAUGCUGCCACUUCUCCAAGAACCACCAGGUUUUUGGAAGCUUGGUCUUGGAAGAAAGCACCCCAGUCCCCUCAGGAACCUCCUCACGGAAGCCCCGGGCGGCGCGGCCGGAAGGACUCAGGCGCUGUGUUUUGACCUCCCCGGGUCCAGUUCCGGGGUCGUUCCGCUGCGCUGUCCAGGCCGCGGCGUCGGUCUCCGGCUUCUGCUGGGCUGCUGCAGCAUCCCGCACACCGGCCCGGCCGGACCGAGCCGAGCGGAGCCGAACGGAUCCGGGUCCACCCGGCCCGGCCAUGAGCGCUGCCGCAUGAUGCGUCGCCGCCCGCGCCGCUGCAGCCGCCGGCAGCGAGAAGCCGCAACACUGGGCGACCCCGCCCGGGCCUCGGUGUCCACUGUGGGCGAAAUGUGGCGUGGUCAUAGCAAGGUGCCACAGGCGUGGGGAAGAUCUUCUGUGAGCUCUGUGCGCCCCUGUCACUUGCUUCAGCCAGAAGCCAGCCUCGGCCUUUUGUUCCAGUCUCUUCAGAAGCCUGCUGACUUGUCUGGUGUUUAGUCCCACGGGAGAGCCACUCGGCCACAUCACACAGGACAGCAUGCGCCUUACGGUCCUGAAAAAAAGGCACAAGAGCUCCCAUGAUGCUUAGAAACAGUUUGUAAGGGAGUGUCAGGGAAUCAUGCAGCCGUCAGGGCACAGGCUCCGGGACAUCGAGCACCAUCCUCUCCUGACCGACAAUGACAAUUACGACUCUGCCUCCUCCUCGUCCUCUGAGGCCGACAUGGCAGACAGGGUGUGGUUCAUCCGUGAUGGCUGUGGCAUGGUCUGUGCUGUCAUGACGUGGCUUCUCGUCGUCUAUGCAGACUUCGUGGUGACCUUCGUCAUGCUGCUGCCUUCCAAAGACUUCUGGUACUCUGUGGUGAACGGAGUCAUCUUCAACUGCUUGGCGGUGCUCGCGCUGUCAUCCCACCUAAGAACCAUGCUCACUGACCCGGGGGCUGUCCCCAAAGGCAACGCCACGAAGGAGUACAUGGAGAGUUUGCAGCUGAAGCCAGGCGAGGUGAUCUACAAGUGCCCCAAGUGUUGCUGCAUCAAGCCGGAGCGCGCCCACCACUGCAGUAUUUGCAAACGAUGCAUCCGAAAGAUGGACCACCACUGCCCGUGGGUGAACAACUGCGUGGGAGAGAAGAACCAGAGAUUCUUCGUGCUCUUCACCAUGUACAUAGCUCUGUCUUCAGUCCAUGCUCUGAUUCUCUGUGGGCUUCAGUUCAUCUCCUGUGUCCGAGGGCAGUGGACAGAGUGCAGCGACUUCUCACCUCCCAUAACUGUAAUCCUGUUGGUCUUCCUGUGCCUUGAGGGCCUUCUGUUCUUCACGUUCACCGCAGUCAUGUUCGGUACCCAGAUUCACUCAAUAUGCAAUGACGAAACAGAGAUCGAGAGGCUGAAGAGUGAGAAGCCCACGUGGGAGCGAAGGCUGCGGUGGGAAGGGAUGAAGUCUGUCUUCGGGGGGCCCCCCUCCCUCCUCUGGAUGAACCCCUUUGUUGGCUUCCGAUUCAGGCGACUGCAGAUGAGGGCCAGGAAAGGAGGCCCCGAGUUCUCUGUGUGAGCCUGCAGGGCAGGAAUGUCUGCAGACAUCUCAAUGCUCACUGGCCUGCAAGCACAGCAGCCCUGUGGGCAGAUGGAGCUGGCCAGCUGAUGGGGACCUAGGGCCACAGGCACUUGUGAUUUCUCGUGUGUACUGCCAGGAGAAGCAUGCGGCCCCGGGAGGCCAUCCUCUCACCAUCCUGACGCUUGGGAUGUCACGUGGGCCGUGAGCACCCCACAGGUGGAGCUGCUUCUCAUCAUGAAGAAAGCCAGCACAGCAGCUGCUGGAGUCCUGCUGGCCCAUCCCCAGCACACUCCUUACCGGAAGGGGUUUCCACAGCGACCCUGUGGCUUGGAGGGCUCCAGCACCUAGCACUGAACGGCGAAGGCGGCUUCCAGAACACUCCCUGCUAUCCCAGAAUGGGCAUCCUAUGACCCUUCCAGCAAGUCCGUGUGUGCUCAUCCGUGUGUAUCUGUGUGUGUCUGUGUCUGUGUGAGUGCGCCCGCAUACGUGCGCAUGUGUCAGGAUCAGCAGUGUUGUUCAGGCACGUGUGUGGUAGACAAGCUGUCUUUCAGACUCCAGUGUUUCAGGGAAGUGGGACGCACUGCUGGCCCUUGCUGGCCUUCUAUGAAUGUAUCAUACAGUGUCCAGAUCCAAAGAACAGGCAUGCCUGCGCAUGGGCCCAGCCUCCUGCUUUUAUUUCACUGAAAACUUAGUGUUGGAGGGUGUGGAGCUGAGGUUUUGUUGUUCCAGCCGAACUAGCAGCAUGCAUCAGUCCCUCAACAAGGAAGGUGGUGGCCCAGUGCUGCCUGGGAGGGGCUGUGGGGAGCGCAGCAUGAGAAGCCAGCCGCCUUGGGCCCCUUUGGGCAGGUGCUGCAGGGGGAGACAGCCCGGUGCCUAAGCUGUCAGAGCUGUGACAUGGUGACUAUUUCUCUACCCAUGGCACUGCAGUCAGAGUGGAGCCUUGGCGCAGGCUUAGAAUUAGUCCACACACAGCUCCCUCCGGGGACUUGCCUUAAACUCGUAGGUUGUUCCUUUGCUGCUGGGUGAGAGCGGGCCUGACAGAGGCUGGGGACUUCCUGUGAGUCUUCUCCCACGCAGACACCAGUGUUUCCCUGCUGGGACCAGCUGCCUUUCUGUCCCUGUGACACCAUGACUGUUCUUUUGGUGUCAGUUGCUUGUGCCCUGCCCUAAUCUGGGCUCCUGUGCUACUGAGGUGAACCCCAGGGACCUGUGAGCCUGGCCCUCAUGCAGUGAGCAAACUGUGGGGCCCGAGUCACUGCAGAGGGACAGUGUGGCCUCAGAUUGUCUCUGCAUUCGUUUGCACAUGUGUCUGGGCAUGCAGGCUCUGGUGGUGUCGCCCUCCAGUGCGGAGUCUGUGGCGGCAAAUCCAAGCUGAGUAUACUUGACUUCUCAAUUCCUCAGUGUGAUUUUAUAUGAAAUAAAGUAACCCGUCCACAGUCUCACC